AUGACUUCGGACAGCAAAGAACCAUUCAUCGAACCGCCGAACAACAACAAUAUCCUCCUGCGACCACCAGGAACAAAUACCGGACCUGCGAGAACCUAUGACAAAAGCAGUAAUGUUUAUGGCUAUACUUCGACCGUGAUGUGCGGCAAGUAUACUCGCGAUCUUGGAAAGUAUGCGAAACUGGAAGCACAGAAAAUCAAGGGCUGGAAGCGCAAAAGCGUGGACGACCCUUGGCGUAAGGAACUACACGAUAUUCACACAAACAAAUUUUACUUGUGGCUUGCUAAACUAUGGCGAAAUACUUUUGGUCGAUUGGGGGAUGAGUGGAUGCUUAUGGUAGUCUUGGGUUUGGCAACAGCCGUGAUCUCAUUCGGAAUUGAUAAAGCCGUUUGGUUCAUACAUAAUAGUCGAGUGAAAGUAUUUCACAUGGUUCCAGACAACGGAUUUCUGCAGUUUUUAACUUGGGUUUCAUUACCGGUACUGUUGAUUAUGUUGGCUUCUGGCUUCGUGCAAGCUGUUUCACCACAAGCCAUAGGUUCUGGGUUUACGGAAAUUCGCGCCAUAUUACGGGGUGUAGUGAUCAAAGGCUAUCUGAACUUCAGCACGCUGGUUGCGAAGGUAUUCGGCUUGGCGAUGGUUCUUGGGUCGGGAAUGCCCCUCGGAAAGGAGGGCCCUUUUGUGCACAUUGCCAGUAUUCUUUCGCAGUUGUUCGGAAAAGUGAUGACAUCGAUUGGCGUCGGACCGGACAGCGAUGCGCACACUACGGACCUAUUGGCCGCAGCGUCGGCCAUCGGAAUCGGUGCCUGCUUCGCAUCGCCCGUGGGCGGAGUGCUGUUUAGCAUUGAAGCUACCGCCCCGUACUUUGCCGUACGCAAUUACUGGCGAGGAUUUUUGGGAGCCGUUUUUGGCACGAUGCUGUACCGUUUACUGUUCGUGUGGUUUAAUGUGGAAAACACAAUCACGGCUCUGUACGAAACCAGUUUCACGCAAGAUGUCCCGUUCUGUCCGCAGGAGUUGUUUGUGUUUGGCCUGUUCGGUCGCUUACUGUAUCCGGCAAUAAUUUCAUUUAUCAUCGCAACGCUGCAGUAUCCGAACGGUAUCGGCCGGUAUACGGCCGGCGAGCUGAACGGCCACGAUCACUUUCACCAAUUAUUCUCCAACUUCACCUGGAGCAAGCAAAAUCUGGAUCCGCACGAGGCGGACAUCGUUUCCAAUUGGACCACUCCCCAAACGAGCGCCAUCGUUCAUCUGUCUAUCUUCUUAGCGUUCUCGUACAUCUUCAGUAUCAUUGGAUCUACGAUGCCCGUACCGUGCGGAAUGUUUGUUCCGUUGUUCAAAAUUGGUGCCGCUCUGGGUCGCUUAUUUGGUGAAACACUGCACGUGUGGCUACCGGAUGGUCUACCGUAUGGUGCUGGAUUGUUGGCCCCUAUCAUCCCGGGCGGAUACGCUGUAGUCGGUGCAGCCGCUUUCGCCGGAGCCGUCACACACACGGUAUCCAUCUGUGCAAUUGUGUUCGAAAUUACCGGUCAGGUUCGAUAUAUGGGUCCCAUAAUUGUAGCAGCGCUGGUUGCUAACAUCGUGGCACGCAAGCUCCAACCGUCGAUGUAUGAUAUGCUGGCGGAUAUUAAACAUUUGCCCCAUUUACCGGAGGUAUCGCCAUCAUAUGAAAUGGAUAUGUACAAUGUCUACGUGCAGGACUUUAUGAUUAGUGACGUAUUGUACAUCUGGAAAGAAAUUACGUAUCGUGAGCUCGCUGACAUACUGGAGGCGAGCACGGAUUUUAAUAGUCUACCACUUGUAAGCGACCCCGAAGAGCCAGUUCUUUUGGGCAGUGUAGACCGAGUGCAUCUGCUCGAACUAAUGGAUAAACACUUGGGUAAAGCAACAAGGCAAGAAGCAGCAGCCAAACGAUGGCUGGAGGAGCAGGAAAAGGAUCAGAAAAACCAACGACCAUCUGUUUUUGAAAUUUUCAACGAUGCCAGCGAACAGUCGGGAGAAAGUGAAACGAAAGAUGCCCCAAAUAGUAGACCACCAUUUAAACGUUUCCACUCCAAUGUGCCCAAAAAGGAAGUGGGGGAACUCGAUCCGGAGACUGGGCCCAGAAACACUAAUACAGUAUUCAUGACACCGGAUAGGCACUUCGAUUUCCUACCAGAAGAACGCAAUCGUUGGGAAGAGCUAGAAAUGGCCAAGACAAUAGAUCUGCACCUGCUACAGAUUGAUCCGGCUCCUGUUCAACUGGUGGAGAACACUUCAAUAUUCAAGGUGCAUCGGAUGUUUUCCGUUCUCGGGAUACAAUCUGCGUAUGUUACCAACUAUGGCUGUUUGGUGGGCGUCGUUAGCUUGAAAGAGCUUCGGGCAGCCAUUGAUGCAAUCAACAAAGGCUCGACUGCCAUGGACGCACUGCAGGAAAAGCGCGAGGAGGAAGCCAGUUUGCUGCAGCAAAGUAGAAAAUCGUCGUUUCUAGUGACUACCGGAAACAAUAAACGAAACAGUAAAAAGAUCAGCGUAAGUGGACUGGUGGUGGAUUUACCGUUGGCCUACGUAGAUGAGGAUGUAGAAAAGGUUUAG